UGACGGAAGUUUGAAAAAUGAAAAUUAUACUCCGUGGUAUCUCGCCUCUGUCCGGAUUCGCAGACAGCACGAUCAAUCGUCCAACAAAAAGAAAGAAAAGAAAACGUCCACCAGCACACAGUUCCCGGAGCUAAAGACCUAUGCUGAUUAGACGGUGCGCAAAAGCUAAGCAAAAACUGUCAAACUGAGAUGGAGACGGAGAUGGAGACAUGGCUCCUGCUCCUCGUCGCCCUUCUGCUCCCUGUCGUCCUCCUGCUCGCGCGUCGCGGCGCCAGCGAGGCCCACGGCAGAGGCGCCCGCAUUCCGCCGGGCCCGAUGGCCGUGCCGGUGCUAGGCAGCCUGCUGUGGCUGCGGUAUUCCCUGGCCGACGUGGAGCCCCUCCUACGGCGCCUCAUGGCGCGGCACGGCCCCGUCGUGUCGCUGCGCAUGGGGCCCGUCCUGUCUGUCUUCGUGGCCGACCGGCGCGUGGCCCACGCCGCCCUGGUGGCCCGCGGCGCGGCCCUGGCCGACCGCCAGGACGAGGCGACGCGCGGCCUCGGCCUCCUCCUCGGCGAGCGAGCCCGGACCAUCUCGGGCGCCGGCUACGGGCCCGCCUGGCGCCUCCUGCGCCGCAACCUCGUCUCCGAGACGCUGCACCCGUCCCGGGUCCGCCUGUUCGCGCCGGCCCGCGCCUGGGUGCGCCGCGUGCUCGCCGACAAGCUGCGCCGGGAGGAGCAGUCCAGCGAGGCGGCGGCGGCGCCCGUCAUGGAGGCGUUCAGGUACGCCAUGUUCUGCCUCCUCGUGCUCAUGUGCUUCGGAGAGAGGCUGGACGAGGCCGCCGUGCGCGCGAUCGGCGCCGCGCAGCGCGACUGGCUGCUGUUCGCCGCGCGCAAGAUGGGGGUCUUCGCGUUCUGCCCGGCGGUCACCAAGCGCCUCUUCCGCGGGCGCCUCGAGAUGGGGCUCGCGCUGCGGCAACGGCAGAAGGAGCUGUUCAUGCCGCUCAUCGACGCGCGGCGAGAUCGCAAGAAGAAGCAGACGGAUCGAGGCUCGGUGGUGCCAAGCGAGGACACGAACACGAGCACGACGACGUUCGAGCACUCGUACGUGGACACCCUGCUGGACAUCAUGCUUCCCGAUGACGAGGGCGACCGCGCGCUCGCCGACGACGAGAUGGUCAGCCUCUGCUCCGAGUUCCUCAACGCCGGGACCGACACGACGUCCACCGCCCUGGAGUGGAUCAUGGCCGAGCUGGUCAAGAACCCGCGCAUCCAAGAGAAGCUUUACAACGAGAUCACAAAAACGACAAGCGGAGCAGCGGAGGAGGUGACCGAGGAGGAGUUGCAGAGCAUGCCGUACAUCAAGGCCGUCGUCCUGGAGGGGCUGCGGAAGCACCCGCCGGGGCACUUCGUGCUGCCGCACAGGGCGUCCGAGGACGUCGAGGCUGGCGGGUACCUGUUCCCCAAGGGCGCCAUGGUGAACUUCAUGGUGGCCGAGAUGGGUAGGGACGAGCGGGAGUGGGAGAGGCCGAUGGAGUUCGCGCCGGAGCGGUUCUUGCCCGGCGGGGACGGCGAAGGGGUGGACGUCACGGGCAGCAGGGAAAUCAGGAUGAUGCCGUUCGGCGCCGGGAGGAGGAUAUGCGCUGGGCUCGGCGUUGCCAUGCUCCACCUGGAGUACUUCGUCGCCAAUUUGGUCAGGGAGUUCGAGUGGAAGGAGGUGCCCGGCGAUGAGGUGGACUUCGCCGAGAGGCCCGAGUUCACGGUCGUCAUGGCCAAGCCGCUCCGCGCGCGACUGGUAUCCAGAAUCAGAAACAGCAGCUAAUCAACGGUGCUUUUAGGCAAGACCGCUGCUCUCGCAUGAACCUCCGUGGUUGUCUCAUUGUUGUUUGUUUCGAAAUUCAAUUGACAGAGCAAAUACUGUUCCAAUCUUUCGUUUGCUAGGGACAGAACAAUGAGAUUUCUGACGAGUUCAGGAAUUUUUUUAGAGCGUUGCGACCCUGCACGCGCGUCUAUUACAGAUCCCUUAUUAGCUCCGUUUCUGGGGCUGAA